CGCAUAGCCACCAUGAAACGUUUGGAUGAAGAGGCCAAGGCUGAAGUCAUGCGCGAGCUACAGCACGACGCCACUGCCCCGUGUGACGAAGACGACGAUCCCGAGGCGGCCGAGUAUCCGAUCGAUGGGCCACGGGCCGGCGUCAUCCAGCACGUCUCGUUCUUCAACUUUAUGUCGUUUGAGAAGCUCGAAGUCGAGCUCGGCCCGCGGGUCAACUUUAUCGCCGGUCGCAACGGGUCGGGUAAGUCAACGAUUGUGGCGGCGAUUAUGGUCGGGCUUGGGGCGAGCGCAAGACGGACCCGCCGAGCCGAUUCGCUGGCGGAGCUAGUGGGCGAUCACGGCGAGGCGGCGAUUGUGCGGGUCCGGAUGAACAACCGUGGGCCAUCUGCGUAUCGGUUCUCGGCGUAUGGCUCGUCUGUGACCGUCGAGCGCAUCCUGCGCAAAGCAACCGGUACGUCCAGCUAUCGGCUGCUGAGUGCAGAGAACAAGGUUGUGUCGACCGGCGCCGACGAGCUGCGCGCCAUGCUCGACGCGUUCAACAUCCAGGUUCAGAACCCGUACUGCGUGCUUGACCAGACAACAUCGGUGGAGUUUAUGGCCAGCAAGCAGUCGAGCGAUCUGUUCAAGCUGUUUGUGAUCGGGACCCGUCUCGGAGCGAUGGAGGAGCAGGUCGCCGCCGCCCUCGAGGAGCUGGACGACGCCGACAAGGCGCUCAGCCACAAGGCGGGCAUCGAGCUGCCGCGGAUGGAGGAGCAGUACGCCGAGGCCAAGGCCAAGGCUGCUGCCACCAGUGACAUCGAAGUCACCCGCGCCGAACUCAAGAAGGCCAAGCUACACUAUGCCUGGGCCUGCGUUCGCGACGAAGAGGUUGCCCUUGCCGAGGCCCGCGCCAAGCAUGACAAGUUUUUGGGGUACAAACCACGGAUUGAGGCCAAGGUCGCCAGUAAGGUCAAGGCAGAAAAGACGGCGGUUGCCAACGAGAAGAGCGCCAUUGACGAGCUCAACCGCUUGACCGCCGCCAGCAAUGAGACCUCCGCCGCCAUCGCCAACAUCCGCGCCGAAAAGCAGUCGGCGCAACGCGAUGAGAACUUGGCACAGUUGACCCUGAAGCAAAGCCAAGAGACUCUCAAAGGAACAACGUCCAACAUCGAGAAGACCCGCUCCGAAAUUGCUGAGCUGCAAGCCGCCAUCUGUGAUGAGGCAGGCUCGCUAGAGGCCUACCGCGAGCAGCAGGCGGCGUCGAUGGUCGGGCUCAGCGCCAAGAUCGAGGAAGCCGAGCAUGAGUUCCUUACUGCCGCGCAAGAGUUUGAUGAGAUUCUAGGUGCCCGUCGCGAGGCUGAGACCGCCAUGCAGGCCGCCAAAUCCCGCGAGAUUGGCAGCAAGAAUGAGAUGGGCAAGAUCACUCGCGAGAUUGACCAGCUCGAGCGGACUCGCGGCAACCGCAUUGCUCGGUUUGUGCCACGAAAGGCCAACGUUGUCAAGCUCUUGGAAGCCAUUGAUGCAGCAGCAGCGGCGGGCAAGUUUUACGCCAAGCCGCUCGGCCCGAUCGGCGGCCUCAUUAGCCUCCGCGACCAUAAGUGGGCCCUGGCCGUCGAGGUGUGCAUCCGCAACUUUUUGCCAGCCUUUGUGGUCGCCACGGUCAACGAUGAGAAGCUCCUGAGGAAGCUAUGUUUGCAGUGCGGGUACACGUCCUCGCCACCGACCAUCCGUACUUCGUUCACCUCGCAGCUGUACGACGUAAGUGCUCGAUCGCCUUCGCCGGGCCUCACCACCAUGCUGGAAGUGAUCCAAGCACCGGUAGUUGUGGUCAACGCCCUCAUUGAUGUCUGUAGGAUCGAGAGGAUGGUCCUUGGCGAGCACAGCGAGUGCAAGCAACUCAUGCACAGGGGCCCGGCGCAUGCGCGGACCAACGUCAUGGCCGCUUGGACGCCCGACGGCUCGCAGUACCUCAACAAGAAUGGGUUGCGGAUCCGAUACGCCUCGCGACUCCGCCAGACGCUGCUCGGCUCGGAUGCAGCCUCGCGCGAGGCGCUUCGCACCCGGUAUGAGGAGGCCAAGGUCGAGCGUGCCGAAGCCGCGGCCGAACUUCGCUCGCUCGGCACUCAGCUGAGCGAAAUCAAGCGUGGGCAGGAUGCAGCGGCUCGACGGAAGCAGACGCUCCACAACAAGGUCGAGGAGCUCAAAAACAGGCUGAACUCGUUGGCAACCCAGGAUUUGAGCACGAUUGACCCUACCAAGCUGCCGAGUCUAGAGAAGUACGUUGCCAGGCAGCAGGACAUUGCAGCCAAGGCAGAGGCUGCAAUCGCUACCGCGCAGCGCGAGAUCGAGCGCGCUGGCGCCAAGUGUGCAGAGGCGGAGGCGAAGAUGGAGCGUCUGAAGGUCAAAGUCGAGGCGAUCCGCGCUGACAAGACGGCUCAGGAAGACAAAGUUACGCGAGCAAGUGAGGCGCAGGUCAUGGCCCAUAGGGAUGUUACCAAGUAUGAGCAGAAGCUUGCAGCGCUCGGCGAGAAGAUGGUCGAGGCGGCGGCCGACGUCGAGGCAGCCGAGAAAAAGGUGGCGUCCGCCACUGCCAUUGCCGAGACCCGGGGCGAGCGCGUCGAGGUCACGGAGCGGUGCGAUGACAUCGAGCGCCUUAUCGCGCAGCUCCGCGACCGGUUCCAAGACCAAGAGGCGCAGCACGGCGAUGUGCGUGCGCUCUGGAAUCGCGCCCGUCAGCUCAAGAGCAGAUGCGACGAAGCGCGGACCCACAUUGGCCAGCUUCGUGCCGAGAUGAAGGGCAUGCGUCUCAAUGUUGGCCGUCUCAAGGAGCGGAUGAAGGAUGCGCGGCUCCAAGCCAAACGGCGGCUCGAGCGCAUGUUCGUCCGUCUCCUCGGUGUCUCUGGAAACAUUGGGCAGGCCGAUGUCGACUACAACAAGCGCGAGCUCACCCUCCGGGUUGCCGUCAAGAACGACCGGUCGGCCAUCCCUCGCCCGGUCCGUGAUCUCUCCGGUGGCGAGCGGUCGACGACCAUGGUCGCCUACCUGCUCUCGCUCUGGGACGCCAUUGGCGGCCCUUUUGGCGUCAUGGACGAGGCCGACGUCUUUAUGGACGUGGCCAAUCGUUCUGUCUCCAUGGAUCUGAUGGUCAACAUGACCCGCAAGCAGGCCGGCAUGCAGACCGUCUUUCUCGUCCCGGACGCCUCCAACGUGCCGACUGGCGAGGGAAACGACGAUGUCACCAUGUUUCUGACUGCGCCCGGUCUGCGGACGACGACUGUGUGGGAGGGUGAGCUUGAUCCGGAGCGGAAGACAAUGGAGGGCAUCGGAGUCUUUACUGCCGAUGCUGCGAGGUACGACGGCCGAUAUGAGGGAAGCAUCCGCUCGGGGCGAGGCAAGCUCGAGCUCGGUGAUGGGACGGUGAUGGAGGGCGAGUUUGGCGGGAAGCGCGGGCUUCUCCAUGGUAGUGAUGGGGUAUUUGUCUCGGCUUGGGGCUCCGUCGCCGAGGCUGGCUUUGCCAAUGGCUCGAUGAACGGGCCGGCGCGGCUGGCGCUGGCCCAGCGCGGCAUGGACGCCGCACACGUGGCGUACGAGGGGCACAUGGUCAACUCGCUCCCCGGGCGGGCCGAUGGUGGCGACGGCCCGGCCGGUAUGCUCCUUGCUGCCGAUGGCGUAGAGUACUCGGUCACUCGCGCCGCCACAAACGGCUCGGCGUGGUCUGCCGCCAUGCACACUCCGGUCAUCACCUUUGAUGUCGGGUGCGAGACCGCCUUUGGCGUUCCGGGCUGCCUCGUCUCGGUCGACUCGGCUCGGUGCGCCAACGAUCAAUGCGCCGCUCUCCGUGAGGCUUGUACUGCUCUCAUGUGGCUUGCCGGUGAGUUGGAUCUGGCAAACGGUCGCGUUCUCGCCCUGAUGGAGCCGUACCCGUGGGCGGCACUGUUUGCCGAGACCAGUGGGAGCGGCGAGCUGUAGUCGGCGCGCCGGCAGAUUCUCUUCAGU